UUCUAUAUUUAACUGAGAGAUUCAUUCAGUGUCUCUAACAUUGUUAAAUAGUGUGAAUUUAAAUAUUUUAUUUAUUUUCGUCUUUAUGGAUCUAUUUGCAAUGAAAAUCAUUACUUCAUUGGUGGUGUAAAAAUAAUUGUGACAAAUAUAGCACAUUAUUUCAGAUUAAUUUUGAUAAAUAAAAAGGAUAUGCUUUACAUGCCACAAAUUAUAUAGAAUGCUGUAAAUUGGUCUAACCUGAAUCAAUGGUAGCAAGCCGUGGGGGACAUGGCUACGCUUAUCCAAGAAAACGGUAUCAAGGAGUUGAGCAAAGGCACACACGGGGUUGUGACAAACCAUGGCAUAUCAGCUCACAGUGUCGCCAGCCACAUGGUGCCCGACCAUGAGUACUGUGAAACGGCAAAGCCCCAGGAACCUCAGCAGCCCUGUGUCACCUCCGGCGAGGAGGUGCCGAUGGAGGCCACGGCCGAAGACGAGGAGGAAACUCCGGAAAUAGACAUCUUGAUAAACAAUGUUGUGUGCAGUUUUAGUGUUAAGUGCCACCUGAAUUUGAGACAGAUAGCAUUGAACGGUGUUAACGUAGAAUUUCGGCGCGAGAACGGAAUGGUGACGAUGAAGCUGAGGCGGCCGUACACGACUGCAUCGAUCUGGUCGUCGGGUCGUGUGACGUGUACUGGCGCCACCAGCGAGGACCAGGCCAAGGUGGCGGCGCGCCGGUACGCGCGCGCGCUGCAGAAGCUCGGCUUCCAGGUCCGCUUCCAGAACUUCCGCGUCGUCAACGUCCUUGGCACCUGCCGUAUGCCCUUCGGCAUACGGAUCAUAUCCUUCUCCAAGAAAUAUAAGGAAGCGGACUACGAGCCGGAGCUGCAUCCAGGCGUCACGUAUAAACUGUACAAUCCCAAGGCCACAUUGAAGAUCUUCUCCACGGGAGGUGUCACUAUAACAGCCAGGAGCGUGAGCGACGUGCAAUCUGCUGUGGAGCGCAUCUUCCCGCUGGUGUACGAGUUCCGCAAGCCGCGCACUCCCGCCGACGAGGAGCUGCUGCGGCAGAGGCGCGCUCGUCACGCCCCGCCCCCAGCGCCGCUCUCCACAGACCUGCGCCUCGUCACGCUCUCCGACGAUGAGGAGAACGCCGCACCCCCCCACGCCAACGCCGAAGCCCACGUCGACGCCGACGCCGAUGCCGACGCCUGGGAAUGACGACGCCGACGCGCGACCGCGUCUCCCUCGUCGGCGAACUUUCCGGUUCAUGCCAAAGAUAUUUAUUAGAGGUGCUUCGCGCUUGUCCCGCGGGAACCGCGCUCGCGCUUCCGAUCUACGACUGUAUCCUAAAGUGGGCACGGCCACGCCCCCCAUACCCCGCCCCACCGACCCCCGCCCCCGCCACGAAGGCGAAGUACGAAUGCUCGCUCUGGAAACGUUAACCGCUUCAGGUUUCUUAUACAAUGGAUUAUAAUGGUAAUAGAAAACCCACCGAAUUGAAUUCGGUUCUCAGAAUAUUAUUAGGAGAUUUUAUCUUUUUUGACAAUAAAUCGCGAACUUCGCGUCUGGAAUGUUUGUGUGAGAGUUUGACGUAAACUAUAUUGUUUUAUAAGACGUAUGAGAUGUAUGGUGGUGCGUUUUCAUAGCGAUGAUUGUGGAGUGCGUGCGGGCGCGGGCGUGGCCGUGUUGUUGGUGAGCGGCGUGUGUCGCGUGUCGCGUGUCGUGUGUCGCGUGUCGCAUGUCGCAUGUCGCGUGUCGCGUCGGCUCGUUCGUUAUUAAAUGUAUAACGUUUGUUGAGAGCUAAUCUCCAAUACUGAUACUCAAUUCGUAUUCAUUUUUGCCGUUCGUUGCAGUUAUGAUUGAAAUUGUAGUGAUAAUAGUGUUCACGAUAAGUCUCGUUCUAAGAAAGUGAUGACUGAAUGAUUAGUUAGUCCUUAGUGAUUGUAAAUAAAGC